CGUGACUGCAUCUUUUCCUCACCCGAGGAGAAGGAAGAGGAGGAGGGUGAGAAACGAACGAGAAAGAAAGAGAUGUGUCAGUGAGUUCCCGCGAGAUGUGACGGAAGCCUGUGGGGGACCCGGGCUUUAAAGUGCGGCUCCGCCGGCGGUCGUGAGGGGAACCACUGUCAUGAAAAGGAGGAUAUAAUAAGUUGUUCAGCGUAUGAACUUUGGCUUACAUGUGAAAUCUGCCAGGUAAUACAAGGACCUGUAGAAUAUGAGUGAUGACAAACCCUUUUUAUGCACUGCCCCUGGAUGUGGACAGCGUUUUACCAACGAGGAUCAUUUGGCCGUCCAUAAACAUAAACAUGAGAUGACACUGAAAUUUGGUCCAGCUCGUAAUGACAGUGUCAUUGUAGCUGAUCAGACUCCAACGCCAACUCGGUUCCUGAAGAAUUGUGAAGAAGUGGGUUUAUUCAAUGAGCUAGCAAGUCCUUUUGAAAAUGAAUUCAAAAAAGCUUCUGAAGAUGAUAUCAAGAAAAUGCCUCUAGACUUAUCACCUCUCGCAACACCAAUUAUUAGAAAUAAAAUUGAAGAGCCUUCAGUUGUUGAAACAACUCACCAGGAUAGCCCCUUACCUCAUCCAGAGUCCACUACCAGUGAUGAAAAGGAAGUGUGUCUGCCGCAGACUGCUCAGCCUACAUCCACCAUUGUUCGUCCAGCUUCUCUACAGGUUCCUAAUGUGUUGCUUGCAAGUUCUGACUCAAGCGUCAUUAUUCAGCAAGCCAUACCUUCACCAACUUCUAGCACCGUCAUAACCCAGGCUCCAUCCUCCAAUAGGCCAAUAGUACCGGUGCCAGGUCCUUUCCCCCUGCUGUUGCAUCUUCCUAAUGGACAAACCAUGCCUGUUGCUAUUCCUGCUGCGAUCACAAAUUCUAAUGUGCAUGUCCCAACUGCAGUUCCACUUGUUAGACCUGUCACCAUGGUGCCUAGCAUCCCAGGAAUUCCAGGGCCUUCUUCUCCACAACCUGUGCAGUCAGAGGCAAAAUUGAGAUUAAAAGCUGCCUUGACCCAGCAGCACUCUCAGAUAACAAAUGGAGAUACUGCAAAGGGACAAACAAGUGGAUUGACUAGAACUCAGUCGGAGGAAGCACGACCACAGUCAUUACAGCAGCCUGCUACAUCUACUACUGAAACACCGGCUUCUCCAGCUCAGCCUGCCCCACAAACUCCAAAUACAGGCGGUCGCCGAAGAAGAGCAGCAAAUGAAGAUCCUGAUGAGAAAAGGCGGAAAUUCCUAGAGCGGAACAGGGCAGCUGCUUCAAGAUGUAGACAAAAAAGAAAAGUUUGGGUACAGUCUUUGGAGAAGAAAGCAGAAGACUUGAGCUCAUUAAAUGGACAAUUACAGAAUGAAGUCACCCUGCUGAGAAAUGAAGUGGCACAGCUGAAACAGCUUCUCCUGGCUCAUAAAGAUUGCCCUGUAACAGCCAUGCAGAAGAAAUCUGGCUAUCAUAACAAUUAUUGUCUCCCAAAGCGGCUCACAUCAAUCAAAAAGAGAGACAGGCCCUGCCGUCAGGCUUACAAACUAAAAAGACAAGACACACAAGGGAAGGGGAGUGGAGGAAAAAGGAAGAGGAGGGAGUUCAGUUUUUCAAGGCCAGAACAAGGUGCCACAGAUAAAGAUGAUAGUUCUGAAGAUAUUUCCGUGCCAAAUAGUCCUCACACAGAAGCUAUUCAACAUAGUUCAGUCAGCACUUCCAAUGGAGUAAGCUCCACCUCCAAGGCAGAAGCAGUGGCUACAUCGGUUCUCACCCAGAUGGCAGACCAGAGUACGGAGCCGGUGCUUUCACAGAUUGUAAUGGCUCCUCCGUCCCAAUCGCAGCCUUCAGGAAGUUGAUUAAAAACUUGCUUUGUUUUUAGAUAUUCCUUAGCAACUUCAAAAGGAAACCAAGGAGAGCAGCCUUCAUCUAGGAGAAACCUGUAGUUUAAAAAUUAUUCAUCUGUAAAAUUCAAACUUGAAUUUGGCUUUGAAAGUUGGCAAACAGGAAUUGCACAGCAGAUUCUAGUCUCUUAAUAGACACCCAGGUUUGUUUUUCUUUAUGAAUUAAGAUUGCUCGUUGUUUUCAGUGCUCGUCAUGUAAAGUGUUAGUACAGUUCAAAUGUACUUCUCUUUCAUUUGAUGGUGUUCCAAGAAACAUUGAGAUCAGUCACUUAAUGCUCACCCCCCAAAACUGUGAUAGUAAUCUUGUAAUAUUUUAUACCAAAGUUCUGCAUAGAUUCCUAUUGACUUUGUAAAGUCUACAAGAUCAUGAAGCACUAGGCAAGAGAAAAAAAGACAGGAACAGUAAAUUUGCUUUUAGUCUUUUUGCCUUUAUAUUGUUUUGCACAUUAUGAGAGGAAAAACAUUGGGAGAAUAUGUUUGAUUAUAUUGUUGUAGCAUUUUCUUUGGCUUUUUAACUGUUUGGGUGUUUUUUUUUUAAAAAAAGAAUUUUGUUUCACAGGGCCAGUACAGUAUAUGACAUACAGUACUUUUUUUAUGCACAUACGUAAUCUUGAUCAGGGUCAUUGCUAGUUAGAUUUUGUUUUUUAAACUGAUGUCAGCUUAGCUAGCACUUCCAUUUUUAAAAUCAGGAGCUUCGUUUCUGCUGCACAAAGGAACUCUGCAGCCCAGCUACCUUCUUCUUACUAAAGUAACAAAGAACAGCAGACAGAUACACAACAGGGUUAUGAAUGAUGGAAUAGUUUUUCAAGGCUAACUUGAUAUUUUGUGAUUUCUUGAGUCUUAAAGUGAGGAGCUUAUCCAUACUGCAAUGUGGCAUGGAUGCCAGGAAAAUUUAAAAUUCCCUCAUCAAACAACUCAAGAUUACUUUUUUGUUGUCUUGUAUUUGCAAGGUAACUUGUACUUUAUUCUUGUGUAAGCACUGUCAUCUUUUAGUAGCAAAAUUUUGAUACCUUUCUUGUGGGGGGUGGGGUGGGGAUCAAUUAUCUACCAUACCGUGGAAACAAUGUAAUUAUAGUGUGGGGUGUGCACACGUGUGUCUGCGUGUAUGUGUGUGAGAGAGAAAGUGAGAGUGUGUGCGAGAGAGAAUGGUUUAGUAGUACAUGCCAGCAGUCUGUGCUUGAAUGUUUAAAGAUGCCUUCAAUGUGAUGCUGGCUUGAUAGAUGUUUGCAGUUUUGAAAUGUUAUUUACUGUGUGAAAUUGGAUAACUAACAUUCCAUGAUGUAGUUUGUUUCUGAUGAGAUGAUUGUAGGUACAGUUCUUCUCAUUAUCCAAUCAUCUGUAGGAUAUUGAGUUUUUUAAUGUGCCAUUAUCUAUUUUAAUUCUGUACUCAUGUUAAAAAAAAGUAUACUAUUUUAUGAUUAACUUGUAAAAGCUCAAAAAUAGGUGUGUGCUUUCACAUCAGAAAAACUUUGUAUAACAGCAAAGUAAAUUACAGAGUAGCAACAUCUGGCAGUAAAAAAAGAAUUCCAUUAUGUAUAUAACAAACAUUUAAUGCAUUUAUUGUGAGUUGUGUAACUCAUUUGUUCUGUGCUCUGUUUUAACCUAGGGUGCCAUCAAACUAUGAAAUGAAACAUUCAGUUUUAAAUCAUUGAAUUGUAAUUGGUGGUAAUGACAGAGAACAACUUUAAUUUGAAUGAUGUACAACCAAACUAGAAUGGAAGCUGGACGAAGUCAUCAAAUUAUGUAUAUAUCAUUUCAGUGCUUUGUCCAAAAAUAAGAUUUUAAAUAUUUUGUGUAUUAAAAAUGUAAGGAAACAGGUUUUGCGUAGUUUGCAAAAAAAAAAGUGUUCUAAAUACGUUUAUUUUAUAAUUUUUUUAAAAGGAAUUUAAUUUUCAAAUCAAACUUGCAGAAUUUAAAAAACAAAAUCCAUACAAGUAUAGUGAGAGACUUUUCAACAUAAAAUGUGAAUUCUAUCAGAAACCUUUACAGAUAAUUCCCCUAAUCCAACUCUAGUCAUGCUGGGUGGGGGAUAUACACCCAGCUGGAAGCAAUGUAGUGCAGGUUGAGGACAUCCAUGCUUGUAUGCACACCCAGUUCUUGAUUGUGCUAAUUUGUAGGUACACAGAAGCCUGCUUUUUCAUACAUUGGGGUGAUUGUCUCCCAUUGUGGAUUGGAUGAACUAGAUAGGGGAAUUUGGUUAUGUUUGCUCCCCUAAAUAUGAUGAGCAGAAUGACCAGUCACCGCUGUGCUCUACUACCUCCUUUCAUUUCUUCACUGAAAUGAAUGGUGUUCAUGCAGUAGCAAUGCCUGGUACUGCACAAGGCAUUUCUAUUUUAUAAAAAAACCUUAUUUAAUAUAAAAAGGUUGUUUUUUUGUUUUGUUUCUUUUAGUAAUAAAGCUGUUGCUGUUGUAAAGUAAAUCUAAAUAUGUGUGAGAAGAUGUGUAAAUGAUUUUAAUGGAGGGGCUAGUGAAAAUCCUAAGUUCAGCCAACAGAAAACAGUUGUACAACCAUAGAUUCCGUUUUAAAAUGUAUGUCACACUACUUCUGUACUUCGCAUCUGAGAUCCAUGCAUUUGACAUGUUUCACAAACUGUACAGUUUUCUUCAAUGUGCAGUUUGCAUGAGUAAAUCAUCAGAGAAUAAAAUCUAUCUUUAAAUUGUA